AUGGCCCCAAAACAAUUCCCUACCCGACACAUUCACACUCUCAAGACUCACAACGCCCCGGUCAAUGCGGUCACUUUCUCCAGCUACCCCGGCACCUACAUCCUCACCGGCUCCUCAGAUCGCGCAGUUCAUCUCUCGCGGGCGGUCCCCAAUAAUGCAGAAAACUCUACUUCGGCAGUAGAGACCACCACUCCUAUCCAGCGGUACGAAGCGCAUGGCUAUUCCGUCCUCGAUGUGGCAGUUGCCUCCGACAAUGCGCGCUUCGCCAGUGUAGGCGGUGAUCGUCAGGUUUUCCUAUGGGACGUUGAGCAAGGCAGUAGUGCCGAUACCACAAUCAACCUCUGGGACACCCGUUCGAAGGGGACCAAGCCUAUCCAAACCCUCACUGAAGCUAGUGAUACCGUCUCAUCACUCCACGUCCAUAUGCCUUCCUAUUCCAUUGCGAGUGGUAGCUACGAUGGUCAUGUGCGCGUGUAUGAUCUCCGCAUGGGCCAAACGACCGUCGAUGUUAUGGCGCAUCCCGUGACGAGCGUCAGAUGUUCUGCGGACGGCAACGCGCUCCUCGUAUCUACACUGGAUAGCUACAUUCGAAUGCUAGACCGGAGGGACGGCAAGCUUCUUGCAGCCUUCGGGGGUUCAGAUCGAAAGGAAGAGCAAGCGCCGGCUGGUCUCCUCACUGGCCCUCGCCAUAAAUAUAAGAAUGCAGAGUUGCGAGUUCGCUCUGUCUUUGCCCAAGGCGACGGGGUCGUGCUUAGUGGCAGUGAGGCUCACAAAGAUGAUGGGUCCGGCCUUGGCGCUGCUGUGUUCGCCUGGGAUAUCUUGACCGGCGAGAAUGUUGCAACAGUGCCGAUGGGAGGUCGGGUUAAGGUGGUGAGUUGUGUGGCAUGGAAUGAGGCGGGUUUCUGGGCCGGUGGAUGUCCCGACGGUAUGUCCUCUGAUCUUCUUUUACCUUCGGGUUAA